UUUUCCUUAAGUAUCUAUUUUUAACUUUUCUGCGGCCGCUUUCCUUAAACGCCCCGACUGCCUACACCACUAUCACUUAAUGCGUGGAAAGAUGUCGUGGCGGUUUUGUGUUCCUGCAAUCUUGCUCGUGGGGGUCAAUUUGGUGUUAGUGACGAUUUUGCAACCGAGCUGGACAAACCCACCCCUUCGUCAGGCACCCGCGGUAGUUCUAGGCGAGGCCGAACACCCCGCAUUAACGAGGAAGUGCUUUUCCUACAGCGGCGUUAAGGCUGAGAACAUUUGCUGCAAAAUGCAUUGGUAUAAGCAUGAGGGCGAUAUUCUGGAGUGCGUUAGAAGAGCAAAUGUGGAAGCACUGGUGUCACGCAGAGCAGGGUCUCCCUCCCUCCCUCCGGAACCUGACGACGUGGCCUUCCUGACGGGGAAGGUCGACUGGGCAUUCCCAGAGGAACCUUCCCCGGACCGGCUGAUCGACGCUGCUCACUGGGUGAUCAUCGGAGACUCGUACAUGAGGUACCUGUUUGACGUCAUAGCUCGUCGCGCCUCUGGACCAGGCUUGCAAUACCGCAUGAGUGAAACCAAGGGCGGCUGGGCCCCGGCUGCCCUCCUUCUCAACGCACUGAGAAACAGAACGAUCCAUGAGGACAUCGAGGUGCGCCACCUGGCAGCCCCGUUUCGCAUCACUUACUACACCGACUUCCUUCUCAAACGACUGCCAGAGCUCAUCAAGCAGUGGGAGCUCGAGCCACACUUGAAACCUUCGGUCGUUGUCAUGGGUACCGGCUUACACUGGAUGCGCGCGGCGAAGACCACAUACGCAGAGUCGGGGCCAGACGCAGCCAUGACGAAUGUUACCAAAUACUUCCGCAGUUUAGUCCCUCAUCUUUCCCGCCUGGCUAAAACCGCGCCCACGAUAUUUAAGCUUCUUGAUGACGUCCAGGAUUCCCAUCUCACGGAGAAUCCCGAGUACAGCGCAGAGAUCUUCCGCCGGUACAACAGCCUGUUCCGAGAGAGCCUGAGGGACACCGGCGUCUUCGUAUGGGACAGCAAUCUGCCUCUUUCCGAAGCCUACACGAAAGAGUGCCUCGUCACGAACGCUAUCACCUACGACUUCAGAUGGAGGU